CUCACGCGGCCGAGGCGCCCUUCGAGUGCAGCAUGUGCGACGAGAGGUUCAGGGAGAGCACUCACCUCUGCACCCACCUGCGCCUGCACGCGGCGGAGGGGCCCUACGACUGCGACGUGUGCCAGAUGAACUUUCCGGUGAGAUGGCUACUCAGUGUACACCUGCGAAUCCACACGGGCGAGAAGCCGUACGAGUGUCCGUUGUGCGCCAUGAAGUUUUCGUCCAGGUCAGCGCUGCUCGACCAUCGAACAGCACACGCCAGAGACGACAGGCCUUUCCAGUGCACCGAGUGCGACUCCAAGUUUCCGACCAAAAGUCGUCUGGACAAUCACCGCCGUUUGCACACAGCGGAGACGUGCUAUGAGUGCACGGUGUGCAACAAAAAGUUUCGAACGCUCGGCUACUUCAAUGUUCACAAGAAAAUGCACACGGGAGAGAAGCCCCACGAGUGUACGGUGUGCGACAAGAAAUUUCUACGACGACCGCAUCUGCGGAAACAUUUGCGAACUCACACAGGAGAGAGGCCGUUUGAGUGUACGUUUUGCGAUAAGAAAUUUUCAGUCAAUGCCAACCUUCAACGGCAUCUCAUAACCCACACAGGAGAAAAGCCAUUUUUAUGUGCUGCCUGUGGCAAGGCAUACACAACUAACAACUGCUUGAAGCAUCAUCAGCGAACGAUGCACCCGGACCUGGAUGGACCUGAGCACGGUCCAGGAGGCGAGAGACAGAUCGAGUGCACCGUGUGCCACAGGAACUUCCCGUCGGCUGGCUCUCUGCACGCCCACCGUCGCUCUCACGCGGAGCUACUCACCGUGGAGUGCACUCUGUGCGACAAGAAAUUUGCGACCCGCUCUGCCCUGGCACAGCAUAGCCGAAAGCACACAGGGGAGGCGACUCAUCGCUGCCCCGCGUGUGGCAAAGCAUUCUGGGGCGCCUCGGCCCUUCGCGCGCACCAGGUGGUGCACACGGGGGACAAGCCCUUCGAGUGUCCGAUCUGCUACAAGAGAUUCACCCAAAAGUCGGCCCUGACUCUUCAUCGGCGAACCCACACGGGAGAGAAGCCCUUCGAGUGUGCAUUGUGCGAAAAGAAAUUUGCACAGGCGGCGCAACUCAAGUCACAUCAGACUACUCACACGGGCGAGAGACCUUUCGAGUGCGACAUCUGCAAGCGGAAAUUUGCGCUCCGUGGCAACAUGCUCGCACACAAGCGAACCCACAAAAAAGAGGAAGCAGUUUGAAGUGUUCUGCAUACAACGAGAACUUGUCCGAGCAUACAUAUCGCUACUAGAUCUCGAAAUUUUUUUCAAUGUUUUUUUAAUUAAUUGUUAACAUGUAAAAUAAUUCUAAUAAUUCGAAAUAAACGAAUCUGCAUAUUGCCAGUAAAUUACGAAAGCCUUUUGUUUGACAAUGUUUUGUGUUAAGUGUGUUAACUCGUAAAGAGCUGUUGAAUAAUUCUAAAUAAACGUUAAAAAUAAUGAUGCUGUACUUUUUGUAAAAGGAAAUAAGAACCUACAAUAGAAAAUUUCUUGAGAGAGUGAGUGACUUUAGAUCUCGGUGUUAAUGGCGCGGA